AUGAGUAAUUCUAAAUUAUACACUCCAAAUGAUCUUAUUGAAUUUGAAAAUCACAAGCGUUAUUCAUCUAUGGGAAAAAGUAAAUCUAUUAAAUUAUCUAUUUCUAGUGUUAGAAUCAAUGAAAUAGACUUAACCAGCUUAUGGUUUUGGAUCAUCCACCAGAUAUUAAGCAUAAUCCAUUUAUCGAGAUAAAAAAUUGCUUCAAAAAGGUAAAAGUAGUCCAGGACCCUGUUAUAAUUCUUCUAAUUAUAUAAGUGAGUUAUUAUCUAAAAAUGCAACUGUCAAAAUAGGAACAGCAAAAAGAAAUUUACUUAAUUAGACAUAGUAUGAUUAUUAUACAAGGCAAGAUACAGAUGUAUUUAUUUUCAUUUAAUACUUUUUAGUUUGAACCACAUAAAGCUAAUGAUUUUAGAAAAAUGAAUUCAACUAUUGUAAAAAUUGGUCUUGCCUAACGUUUCAAAACAGAUUAUAAAAAUUAAGUACCUGGUCCUGAUCAAUAUGAUAAUCUCAUUAAAAAAACAGGUCCUUAAUAUACAGUAGUUCCAAAAAGACCUAUUUCUAAAUCAUUUCAAGGUUCAACACCUGAUUUAAUUGGUCCAGGAGCUUAUGAUAUAAACAAAUCAUUGGAUAUAACCCAUGAAAGCUAUCCUAGUAUUGGAUUCACAAAAGGAGAAAAGAUGAGACCAAUCAAAUCUGUUGAGAAAAAUCAAACAUAUUAUACUAAGUAUUCUAUAUUACUAAAGAAUAAGGGGAUCAAUUGGAGUAUAAAUUAAAUCAAAUUAUAUUACUAAGCCAUGCUUUUCUAUUGGUAAAGAAAGUAGAGACAUCAAACCAGGUAUAUUUAAAAGAGAUAUGGAUGGAAUUGUUACAAAAAUAAAAAUAUCAAUGCCUAAAUUUUGA